AUGUUCCCAGCCCGCGGCGGGGCGGCCUGGCUGGACCGGGGCCCCGCCAACGCGUCCGGCGGGCGCCCGAACACCUCGGCCUGGGAGCGGCCGAGCUUCCGCACCCUGCAGGAGAUGGCGGUGCCGGCCCGCGCCGCCCUGGCGCUGCGGAUCCUGAUCGCCGCCGUCUACCUGGGCGUGUGCGCCCUGGGCGCGGUGGGCAACCUGCUGGUGCUGCUGCUGCUGCGGGGGCGGCCGCGGCGCCCCCGCUCCAGCCUCGACGCCUUCGUGCGCAACCUGGCGGCCACCGACCUGCAGUUCGCGCUGACCCUGCCCUUCUGGGCCGCCGACACGGCGCUGGAUUUCAGCUGGCCCUUCGGGGGCCCGCUCUGCACCCUGGUGCUCUCCGCCACCGUGCUCAACAUGUACGCCAGCGCCUUCUUCCUCACCGCCCUCAGCGUGGCCCGCUACCGCUCCGUGGCCUCGGCCCUGCGGCGCCCCAGCGGCCGCCUGCGCCCCGGCUCCGUGCGCUGCCUCUGCGCGCUCCUCUGGGCCGCCGCCUGCCUGGCCACCCUGCCCGCCGCCCUCUUCUCCGCCGUGCGCCGCGUGGCCGGCGAGCCGCUCUGCCUGCUGCGCUUCCCCGAGGGCCGGGACUGGCUGGCCCUCUACCACCUGCAGAAGAUCCUCCUGGGCUUCGUGCUGCCCCUGGCCACCCUGGGCCUCUGCUACCUGCUGCUGCUGCGCCGCCUGGGCAGCGCCCGGCCCCGGGGCUCCCGGGUCACCCGCGCCGUCACCAUCGCUGUGCUGGCCUUCUUCCUCUGCUGGAUGCCCAACCAGGCCCUCACCCUCUGGGGCGUGCUGGUGAAGCUGGGCGCCCUGCCCUGGGACAGAGCCUACUACCUGGUGCACGCCUACCUCUUCCCCGUCACCGUGUGCCUGGCGCACGCCAACAGCGGCCUCAACCCCCUGUUGUACUGCCUGCUGCGCCCCGAGUUCCGCCAGCGGCUCCGGGAGCUGUGCUGGGGCCGCGGGAGGAUGGGAGCCAGGGCGCGGAGCCUUGGCACCGGGUGA